GUGUGACGUCACGAGCUCGGGGUCCUCGUCGCCCGCGUCCCGCUCCUAUAAGAGCCGACGCCGCGCGGUGCUGCUGUAGUGGCCUUGUCCUCGGUGUUGCUCUCGCUGUGUGAACGCCGCCCGUCCGCCUCGGGCCUGCGGUCUUGAGACCGAGCACCAUGCCUUCGAUAAAGUUGCAGAGUUCUGAUGGAGAGAUAUUUGAAGUUGAUGUAGAAAUUGCCAAACAAUCUGUGACCAUCAAGACCAUGCUGGAAGAUUUGGGAAUGGAUGAUGAGGGAGAUGAUGAUCCUGUUCCUUUACCAAAUGUUAAUGCAGCAAUUCUAAAAAAGGUCAUUCAGUGGUGCACCCACCACAAGGAUGACCCUCCUCCUCCUGAGGAUGACGAGAACAAAGAAAAACGAACAGAUGAUAUUCCUGUUUGGGACCAAGAAUUCCUGAAAGUUGACCAAGGAACACUUUUUGAACUUAUUCUGGCUGCAAACUACUUAGACAUCAAAGGUUUGCUUGAUGUUACAUGCAAGACCGUGGCCAAUAUGAUUAAGGGGAAAACUCCUGAGGAAAUUCGUAAAACCUUCAAUAUCAAAAAUGACUUUACUGAAGAGGAGGAGGCCCAGGUACGCAAAGAGAACCAGUGGUGUGAAGAGAAGUGAAAUGCUGUGCCUGACAUUGUAACACUAGAAGGUUGUUCCAAAUGCUAGUUGCACUGCUCUGUUUAUAGUUGUUAAUAUUAGAGAACAGUAGACGAAUGCAGCCUUGUCCUUACUGCAUGUGUAGUUCCCGUACAGAUCAGACCUGUGGCUGAGUUUCUUCUGUGAGCAGAAGUUACUUCCCACCCCCCAUUACUCUGAAUAAAACUGAGCUAUGGGUUUUCUGUGGAAAGUGGCAUUUUGGGUUCCCCUCAUUCUGUAAAGCGAUUUCUAUUCACUGUCCAGUUAACUUCAGUAAGCCUUUCAAAGUUGGCAUUGUAAAUAAAACAACUUAAGAGAAGUAUUCUGAAAUAGAAUCAACAAAACAUGAUCUUUAUUCAUGAGUCAGAAUCUGGAACAGGCAACCUGAAGUUAAUGUUGGGAGUGGGGUUAGGAUGUCUUCCUACCUCUUUGCUGCUGGUAAGCUUGUGUGCAACUGGGCCCUAGUAAUUGGAUCUGAGGUCUUUUGUCCUUUUUUUUUUUUUUUUUUUUUUUUAAUUUUAAAUCUUCAGUUUUGAAUAUGUUGCAUAGAGAUUCAGUUUACUACCCGGUUUGGGGGUGGGGGAAUGUAACUAGACAAUUUGUUAGCUUUUCAAUUAAAAAAGACAGUUAAUUUAUGUGGUAUGUCAUCUUUUUAUCAUCAGAUGUUACCAGAUGAGGAAACACUACUUGCAUGUAAAAAGUAAUUUAACCUUUAACAUUAAAGUGUAUGGUGAAACUCAGAAAGCAGCCAUCCUAAGUGCAAGAUGCCUUUCAAUAAAAAGUAAUACAGUAGGUAGUA